GCGUCUGGGCAACUGGGAGCGGGCAGCGGGGCCGCGGAACGCUUGGCGCCCGCGGUGCUCCGCGAGCUCUGCGCAUGGGGCGCGGGGCGGCGCCGCGAGUGGCCGCCGCUGCGCGCCGCCACGGCGCUGCGCGGGCUCUCCGCGGCGCUGCCGGCGUGCGGCGCGGAGGAGCGGGCGGCGGCCGCGCAGCUGCUGGACUGGCUGGUGAGCCAGGCCAACGAGCUCGGGCUGGGCGCGCUGGUGGCCCUGAUGCGCCUGUGCGCGCUGGGGGGCGCCGAGGGCGACGGCGAGACGCUGGCGCCGAGGGCGGCGAGGCGAGGCGGAGGGCCAGGGCGAGGACGAGGCGCAGGCGCCGAGGUCGCCGAGGGCGAGGUGGGCGCAGGCGUGGCCGAGGGCGCCGCGCAGGAGGCGCAGGCGCCAUCGCCCGGCGCGCACCGUCGGGCGAUGGCGCUGCGGCUGGAGCUGUACCGGCGCGCGAACGACGUGCCCCUGGCCGCCCUGCCCGGGGCGAUGGCCGCCCUGCACCAGCUGGUGCAGGACGGGGAGGAGAUGGCCCCCGUGCUCCGCCGCUGCACCGGCCGCCUCGCCGCCGAGCUCGGCGCCCUGAUGCAGGCGGCCGGGGAUGGCGCGCCACCGCGGCCCGCGGCGGCGCGCGCGCGCCUGUUCGGGGCGGACGCGCUGGGCGAGGUGCUCUACGUCUGCGCCGCCUGCUCGUACAAGGACGACGAGUUCCUGGAGCUCUGCCGCGCCUGGCUGCUCGGCCCGGACGCUGCUGGGGCCGCCGAUCCGGGCGUCCUGGGCGCCGCCGAGCGCGACGUGUCGCUGGUGCACAUCGUCCACUCGCUCGCGGUGCUGGAGGCCGUGGACGGGGACCUGCUGAGGGCCCUCGUUGCCGCCAUCCGAAGAGGAGAAAAUACCCCGCCUGGGCGGCUUCUCCUUCUUCGAGGCUCUCGGCUUCCUGGACGCGGCCGCGGCCCUCCAGUCGCAGGCGGCCGCGGGGGAAGGCGAUGCCCUGCCCCCUUCUGGCGUCGGGGAGCGCGCGCUGGGCCUGGCCGUCGGCCGCGUCGUGGAGCUCCUGCCGGCGCUCGACCGCGGCGACCUGUCG